ACUUAUCAAAAUAAAUAUUAAAAUCGUUCUGUCAAAUGAAACAGUAUAACAGAGAUGGAUGUUAAGAAAACAAAACAGCUUGCAACAACAGAUGUGCAUUUAACUAAAUACUUUAAAUAUGUAUUGUCAUAUCAUUUUCUGAAAUUGGCUAUGCUUAUUAUUUUAUUUGGUGGCAUAGUGGUGUUUAUGGGACAAGGAAAAUGCAUUAUUAUUGAAAAAUAUGAAAUAAAUAUAAUUUCUGGCAAAGACAAUGAUAGUUUGCAAGAUAUAAAUUACAAAUUGAUCAAUGCUUCUGUAACAUUGACCAACAAAGGAAAAUUUGAAUAUGACAUAGCAUUUGUUGAGACAGUAUUUAAAAUUCCUGAUAUUAUACAAGAACAGUGUGAUAAUAUUCCAUGGGAAUUACGCUUUGAUUGUCAUCCUGAGGAUGGAGUAUCUAAGUUUAGUUGCACAAGCAGAGGUUGUUGCUGGAAUCCUGCUAACAAAGAAAUCUACAUUGCAAAACCUUCUUUGGACUAUCCAUACUGUUAUUACUCAAAAGAUUGGAGCAUAUACAAGUAUGAAAAUUUCAGCAAAGAAGGAAAUGAUUUUUCUGGAUUUCUCAAGCAAAUGAAAAGUUCAUAUUACAAAAAUGAUCUACCAAUUAUUAAGGUAGAAAGCAGCACUGUAGAUGAUUCUAUUCUGCGUGUAAAAAUGUAUGAUCCUCUUAAGAAGAGAUAUGAACCACCAUGGCCUCUCAGGACAAAUCCAAAACCAUUUUCUCAACAAAAUGUUAAUGCAAAAUAUAAAUUUGAUAUUGAUAACAUUAAACCUGGUUUUAAAGUACAGAGGACAUCAGAUGAUACAGUGAUAUUCGAUUCUAUUAGUGUCGGGGGUUUCAUAUUUGCCGACCAAUUUUUGCAAAUAAGCGGCCUUUUGCCGACUCAUAAUAUUUAUGGUAUCGGUGAGCAUCGAGCAAGUUUAAAAUUAAAUACAGAAUGGCAAACUUUUACAUUAUUUAACAGGGAUCAACCACCGACAGAAAAUGGAAAUUUGUAUGGGUCUCAUCCAUUUUAUUUAGUAAUGGAAAAUUCUGGAAAAUCUCACGGAGUUCUGUUUCUUAACAGUAAUGCUAUGGAUGUGAUGUUACAACCAUCACCCGCUAUCACAUUUCGAACUAUAGGGGGUAUUUUUGAUAUAUACUUUCUUUUGGGCCCAAGUCCGGCAGAUGUUAUAAAACAAUAUUCUACAAUAGUGGGCAAACCUUUUCUUCCCCCAUAUUGGUCUCUUGGUUUCCAUUUAUGCAGAUACGGAUAUGGAAGUUUAGAGAAAACAAGAGAAGUAUGGAAUAGAACCAUAGCCGCAGGAAUUCCAUUUGAUACUCAAUGGAACGAUUUAGAUUAUAUGGAUAAGAACAACGAUUUCACGUAUAAUUUAAAUAAAUUCAAGGAUUUGCCACGAUUUGUGAACGAAAUUCAUUCGAGAGGGAUGCAUUACAUUCCUUUAAUCGAUGCAGGAGUAUCUGGUUCUGAAUGUAAUGGAACUUACUUGCCGUAUGACGAAGGUGUGAAAGAUGAUAUAUUCAUAAAAGAUGAAGCAACCGGUCGGCCAUUUGUUGGAAAAGUUUGGAAUUUUGUUUCCACCGUAUGGCCUGAUUUUACAAAUCCUAAAACGCAAAACUAUUAUCUCCGUAUGAUGAACAACACUUAUGACAGUUUUGCGUACGAUGGUGCUUGGAUUGAUAUGAACGAGCCAUCAAAUUUUUACGAUGGUCUUAAGCAAGGAUGUUCACGAAAUAAAUUGGACUAUCCAGUGUAUGUACCAAAUGUUGCCGGAGGUAUACUCGCGUCGAAAACUGUAUGCAUGAAUGCUAAACAUUACUUAGGUUUCCAUUACGAUCUUCACAAUACUUAUGGUACAAGUCACGCGAUAGCAACAAAUUAUGCACUGAAGAAAAUCCGGCAAAAACGACCAUUUAUAAUAUCGCGGGCAACUUGGGUGGGUCACGGACAUUAUGCAGGUCAUUGGACGGGAGAUGUUUAUUCAACAUGGCACGAUUUAAAAAUGAGUAUUCCUGCACUUUUGUCGUUAAAUUUUUAUCAAAUACCAAUGGUUGGUGCUGACAUAUGUGGAUUCAAUGGAAAUACGACAACUCCAUUGUGCAAUCGUUGGAUGCAACUUGGUGCAUUUUAUCCCUUUUCUCGUAACCAUAACUCCGACGAUACGAUCGAACAAGAUCCAGUUGCUAUGGGCGAUUUAGUAAUAAAGUCAUCUAAGCGUGCUCUUACGAUACGUUAUUGGUUACUACCGUAUUUGUAUACGUUAUUCUUCCGAGCACAUCAGUUUGGAGAAACUGUAGCACGGCCAUUGUUUUUCGAAUUUUCUAACGAUUCAUCCACGUACGAUAUCGACACUCAGUUCCUGUGGGGAAGCUCUUUGAUGAUCGUUCCAGUUUUAGAAGAAAACAAGAUUGAAGUAACGGCUUAUUUGCCACGCGGAGUGUGGUAUAAUAUUUAUACGAAGGAGCCGAUAUUUGCAUUGGGUUUACAUUAUACAUUGAAUGCACCGCUCGAUACUAUACCAUUGAUGAUACGCGGGGGGUCUAUCUUACCGGCACAGAAACCAGCCGAUACUACAACGAACAGUAGAAAAAAUAAUUUCGAAUUAUUAAUCGCAUUAGAUGACGAAAAAACGGCUAAAGGAGAAUUAUAUUGGGAUGAUGGUGAUAGUUUAGAUUCGUUCGAGAAAGGGCAGUUUACGUGGUUAUUCUUCACGGUCAAGAAUAAUACUCUUUCCAGUUCGAAAGCAAAGCAAAGUUCAUUCAACGAGAAAAUAAUUCUUCAUAAAAUACAAAUAUGGGGAAUAACUUCUAACGUUUCGCGAGUCUUUUUGAACGAUUGCGAAAUACGAUUCAAGUACGACAACAAAACAAACUGUUUGAACGGAAACAAUUUACAAGUGGAUUUAAGACAAAAGUUUUGGUUUUCUUGGAUAUAUGCUAACAAAUGA